AUGGCUGAGCGUGUCACUCUCCGCAAGCGCAACCCGUACAACACCAAGUCGGCUCGUCGCCAGGUGGUCAAGACCCCCGGUGGCCACCUCCGAUACCUGCACGUCCAGAAGCGCGGCACUGUGCCCAAGUGCGGUGACUGCCACUCGGACCUGAGCGGCAUCAAGGCCCACAGGCCCCGCGAGUUUGGCACCAUCUCGAAGCGUCAAAAGACGGUUUCGCGCGCUUACGGCGGUUCGCGCUGCUCGUCUUGCGUUCGCACUCGCAUCAUCCGCGCAUUCCUCGUCGAGGAGGCCAAGAUUGUCAAGAACGUGCUCAAGGCUCAGGCCAAGAAGUAA